AAGGAGCCCGUGAAGAAGAAGCCGAUCAUGGCGUGCCUGUUCUGCCGCGAGCGCAAGAUCGCGUGCGGGCCCCCGACACUGGGCUCCUCGGAACAUCGGUGCAACCAGUGCGCGCGCCGCGACCUCCUGUGCGAGUACCCGAAGGAGUCCCGCAGGGGCAUGCACAAGCGCUUCCCGCGCGCGGCCAGG